GGAGAUGGAGUCGGCGAGGACACCGCUGAGCGAGGCAGAGUUUGAGGAGAUCAUGAACCGGAACAGAGCCAUCUCCAGUAGUGCCAUCUCUAGGGCGGUGUCAGAACGCGAGAGGUCGAGGGAGCGUGACCACAGCCGAUCCCGGGAGAAGAGCCGGCGCCACAAGUCCCGUAGCCGCGACCGCCACGAGGACUACUACCGCGAACGCAGCCGGGAGAGAGAACGGCACCGCGGGGAAAGAGAACGAGAACGCGAACGUGACCGCGAGAGGGAGUACCGACAUCGUUAGUGGAGCCCACGGAAGAGGACAGGGACGAGGACGCCUCGUCACAACCAGCAGGCCCUACUUCAGGAUCGCCUUGUCAACUAGUCCCCCCCCUCUGUCUGUGUCUCCAUGGUUACCAGGGGACUGACUACCUGGGAUUCGCUCACAGCUGUGUAAGGCUAUAAGUAGUGUUCUUUAAAAUCAUACUCAUGGUAUAAAAACUACUCCACAGCUAUUUUUAUUUUACUGACAUUUUUAUUUGAUGUGAACGAAAAAAUUAUUACCUACCUGUGUUGACCKGCUUCUUCAAGCUUUGCGAAAAUAACAAAUUACUACAUUUGCCUGCUCUAUUCCAAAACGGACAACUUUUGACUGCUAUAAUGUGUACAUUUUGUCAGGUUAGAGUUGAUUUUACAGGGAGUUUUUUUUUUUUUGGUUCAUUUCCUCUCGUGCCCCUCCCUACUUUUCUCGUUAGGAUAAUGUUUGUAAAUGUCUCUGCUUUGAAUAUUAAAAUAGAUUCUGUGUUGUAAUAAACUGUUUACUGGGGUUUUGACACUUAAUAAUAA